UUGAAUUAGUUAGUGAUAGAUUGUUAACACAAUCGGACCAUAACAUUGCAUCAGAUAAAUUCUCUAGCCGUGGUUUAAUCACAUCAGUUGGGCCGGGUCUUAAAAACUUUUUUGUGGGCCUCGAAUUUUGAUCAGUUUUGGGUCGGGUUUUCAUAGUUUAUUUUUGGGCCUUUUAAAAUUAACUUGUGUUUGCAGAAUUUCACCGGGCCAGGCGUUUCAAGUUCAUUUGGACCAAGUACUACUAACAUUUGGAGUUGAUACGGGUUUAAUUUUUGAAGUAACUUGAACCGGGUUUUAAGUUGAGACAAAUAUUUUUCGAGCUUUAUAAAAAAAACAUGGAUGAAACUCAGAAGGAGUACGAUAACUUUAGAAGUGUUCGUGGUGAAAGUUUGUCUGAUCAUAUUACAAGGUUCAUGAAUUUGCUGACAAAGAUGAAGAAAGCUGGAAUUCCCGUUACCAACCGUGUUAAAAUCAAAAGGUUGCUAGAUUCACUACCAAAAGAAUGGAGUACCCGGUGCAUGAAGAUUAAAGAUGACUUUAUAAGGUAUCCUACAACGCUGACAGAUGUCGUGGACGCUUUGAAAUCUCUUGAAAUGGAGGUGAAUCAGAUUGGUGUCACUCCAAAAGCAAGGCCAACAACACCUACCAACAUGAGUUUCCCUUCCCCAAUCAGUGUAGGAAGUUCAUCAUUUGUUUCAGCCAGGAUUCUAAAUAAUCUUCCAGCAAGUUCUGCAAAAACAUCUUUAAGUGAAAAAGAAAUGGUGGAAAUUGCAAAGUCAACAACUGAUAACGGGAAGAAAGUUACUAAGGAAGAUGAUAAGGUGAAGCAGAUUGAGAAGGUGGAUGCAGGAUUCAGUGAAGCAGGUAGAAAGAACGAAGAGAAGACGCCUUUUGAAGCCCAGCAUGCAGAAUCUAGCAAGGAGAAGGAAGAAAAGGACUUGUGAAGAGGUGAUUGAGCGUGAGGAGGAUGUGUGCGAUGAGGAUUGUGGUGGCACGAAAAUGGGAA